GAGGGUUUCAAGAAGGCACUGAAGAUGGUUGGGGAGGAGUUCCUGGACCGUCUGGAUUUCUACAAGUCCUCCUGCUGCCAGCUCGUGAGGUCGUGGAGGAAGCUGUUAAGAAGAGGCAUCAGAUAGAUCCCAGUGGAGAGGUACUCCUUUUUUCCCAGGGUGGAUGUCCUUGGAAGGAGCAUUUGUUUGCCUUAGAGAAGGAGCUCCACGUGGAGACGCCCAUUAAGUUUGUCCUUUACCCAGACCAGAAUGGACAGUGGAGGGUCCAGUGUGUCCCUGCUGGGCUCAACACUUUCCAGAACAGGCUGUCGCUGCCAGAAGAGUGGCGUGGUGUUCGGGAUGAAGCGCUGUCGGAGCUCAGCGGGAUCAAGGGCUGCAUCUUUGUCCACGCCGGAGGCUUUAUUGGCGGGAACAAGACCCAGGAAGGAGCGAUGGAGAUGGCCCGCAGGACCCUGCAGGCCGCCGCCCAGUCCCCGGCGAACGGAAACAGCUGACUUAAUUACCAUGUUGUUUAGUGAUAUACCAACGCAGACUCUGGGCUCUGGGUCAUCGUGCUGACUCAUAAUAUCCUUCUUCUCUCUGCCUGUUCUUAUAAAUGUCUGUUCUGGAGUUCUUUUGAAAUAAAAGACUGAUUUGACAUA